AUGAGAAGUUUGUUAAGUCUAGCUCUCCUGCCUUUGGCAGCUGCAGUUCCCCAUGCUUCACGCAACUCCGAGACUACCUAUGACUAUAUUGUAGUUGGAGGUGGAACCAGUGGCUUGGUUGUAGCCAAUCGACUAUCUGAGCUUGAAAAAGUGAAUGUUCUUGUCAUUGAAGCUGGUGGCUCAGUGUACAACAAUCCCAAUGUCACCGAUACCGCCGGAUAUGGAAAUGCCUUUGGUACUGAUAUUGAUUGGGCAUACGAAACAGUCAAGCAAGAAUGGGGUGGAGGAACCAAGCAAACAGUACGGGCUGGAAAAGCGCUGGGAGGAACCUCUACCAUCAACGGAAUGGUCUAUCUUCGUGCCCAGAUAAGUCAGAUCGAUGCAUGGGAGAGGAUUGGAAAUGAGGGCUGGAAUUGGGAGAACUUGUUCCCUUACUAUCGCAAGGGGGAGCAGUUUCAGGUUCCAACCGAUUAUGCAUUCUUGGAAGGAAGCGGUGUCGCCUAUGACCCAGCUUACCAUGGGUACGAUGGCCCUCUGAAGGUGGGCUGGACCUCGACACAAUUGAACGACGGUCUUGCUCAGGUAGUGAACACUACUUACCAAGAUAUGUCGGUUCCUGUGCCAUACAACAAGGAUCCUAAUGGCGGACAGAUGGUCGGCUAUUCGGUAUACCCCAAGACCGUGAACUCAGAACUCAACAUUCGUGAGGAUGCUGCCCGAGCAUACUACUACCCUUACCAGAACCGAACCAACCUUCACGUUUGGCUUAAUUCUAAUGUCAACAAGCUUGUUUGGAAGAAUGGUACCAAUGUGACCGCAGAGGGCGUAGAGGUUACUUUCUCCAACGGCACAACUGCAGUUGUCAAGGCGUCGCGUGAAGUGAUUCUUGCAGCGGGUGCACUCAAGUCUCCACUUCUCCUCGAGCUCUCUGGAGUUGGAAAUCCCGAUAUUCUCUCUAAGCACGGCAUUGAGACCAAGAUCAACCUGCCAACUGUUGGUGAGAACCUCCAAGAUCAAAUGAACAACGGACUCGCCUACAACUCCAAGAAAAACUACACCAAGGCUGCCUCCUACGUCGCAUACCCCUCAGCUGAAGAACUUUUUACAAACGCAACUACCAUUGGUGCUCAGCUUCUCCGCAAGCUUCCUGCUUACGCAGCUCAGGUUGCAUCAGCCAAUGGUAAUGUUACUCGGGCCGCUGAUAUUGAGCGUUUCUUCAAAGUCCAGUGGGACUUGAUCUUCAAAUCCGGUAUCCCUGUGGCAGAAAUUCUGCUUGAGCCAUCUGGUUUUACUUACGAUUCUGAGUACUGGGGAUCGGUUCCAUUCUCCCGUGGCAACAUUCACAUCUCAUCUGCCGACCCAACUGCCCCAGCGGCCAUUGACCCGAAGUACUUCAUGUUGGAUUUCGAUUUCCAUGCCCAGGUUGAGUCAGCUCGAUUUAUCCGUAAAUUGUUCAAGACCGAGCCGUUUGCCGAUAUGGCAGGUGCUGAGACAAGCCCUGGUCUCUCAACUGUGUCUGCGAAUGCUAACGAUGAGGGAUGGUCUUCAUUCCUUAAGUCUAGCUUCCGAUCAAACUUCCACCCGAUCACUACUGCGGGCAUGAUGCCUAAGGAGAUUGGUGGUGUUGUAGACACUUCUUUGAAGGUCUAUGGAACUUCCAACGUUCGUGUCGUCGAUGCGUCGGUGAUCCCAUUCCAGGUUUGCGGCCAUUUGCAAAGCACCAUAUACGCGGUUGCUGAGCGCGCAGCCGACAUCAUUAAGGCUCAGAUAUAA